GGAAAACCCCAUGCCCAGUGUUGAGCGAUGGGGGGGCAUUUAUCAUGAGCACAGUGCAUGCUGGGGCAUCAGCUCUGAGAUCCUGGGGAAGGUGCUUUAUGGAGCCAGGUUUGUGUUUGUUUUAAGCAGGGCCCGUUAACACAGCGACUGCUCUCUCCUGACUGGCUGCCCCACUGGGAACAGGAGAUGCAUUGUCCUGCACCCCCCCAGAAGUGGUCAACUUGGUGAUCGGGCCAGCUUCCGAGCAUCUGAAGCAAGUGACCAGAGGCCAGCGGAGAGGAGAUAGCAGAUAGACGCACAAGGAUCUGAUUGUGCCCGGAUCAUUUAGAUCAGCCCAGCACAGGCGGUUUCCUGGUUUCCGAGUUUCAUUGGUCUGAGGCUAUAAAACCAGCCAUGGGACAGCAGGAGGCUCAGAUUGGCGCCCAGCCUGGAAGAGGACCCGAGGAGCUGUGAACUCAGAGAUGGAGCGGCCCCAAUGUCUCCUGCUCCUGCUUUCCCUGUCCUACCCCUUGGCCCAUGCUGGUGCUUUGCGGAAUCAGAUUGUUGGGGGGCAUGAAGCCAAGCCCCACUCCAGACCCUACAUGGCAGCCCUGAAGGUUUCGGGUGAUUUCGGCUGCGGGGGGUUUCUGGUGGCCCCGGAUUGGGUGAUGACCGCCGCUCACUGCAUGGGGGAUAUCACCGUGAUCCUGGGAUCUCACGAUAUCCAUAAGCCAGAGGAGUCUCAGCAGGUGCUGGGGGUUGAGACUUACUACAACCACCCUGAAUACAACGACAUCUUGAUAGCUAAUGACAUCCUGCUGCUAAAGCUGACAGCGAAGGCCAAGCUGAAUAAAUACGUCCAGGUCAUCCCUCUGCCCAAGACCAGCAGCGACGUCCCCACCGACACCAAGUGCAGCAUGGCAGGAUGGGGCUACAUUGACAAAGAGAGGGUCACCAACCGGCUCUUUGAGACCAACGUCACCAUCUACAGCCGCAGGAAAUGCCUCAGCAUCUACCCCAACCUCAACGAUGGCAUGCUAUGUGCCGGCAGCUUCCACCACCUCAAGGACUCCAGCCAGGGGGAUUCCGGGGGGCCUCUGAUCUGCAACGGGGUGGCACAGGGAAUUGUUUCCUUUGGCUACAGCUUCCCUCCUGCCGUCUACACCCGUAUUGCCAACUACCUUCCGUGGAUCAGAAAGAUCAUGGGCUAGAGGACCGGAGAGGGAGAUGCUCCAGCUUCUCCUCCAGCAUCUUCUGCCUUGGAGACCCAUGCUGCUUUCCCUUAUACUGCAUCCGCUAGCUUUUUCUCCCUUCCUGGUGUUGUAUGAAACCGUAGGGGACAAGACUUUCUCUGGGUGCCUCUAUGGCCUUGUUACUGUAGCUCUGAAGGCCUGCAUGCCCAGCAGGUCCCUUGUCACCUGGGUUCUGUUGGCUCAGGAGAGGAAUGUCAAGUUUUCAGCCCCCUGAGUGAAUAUUCUCUUGACUGGUCCCCUGAAGAAGCAGAGGCUCAAUAUGAGCCAGGGGCUUUGCUGUUCUGAGGGUCUUCAGGAUUCCUUCUGUCCCAGUUGACUUAAAUAGGGCACAGCUGCCCAGUCUCCGGCAUGUGCCUAGACCAUCAGAGCAGAGCCAGAGAUAAUUCUAGAGCAGGGGGCACUGAAGAGGGUUGAAAUCGGCCCAAGGAGGUGGUUUUGGACCACCUGGAGGGGAAGGCUCUGACCUGUGCUCGCUCCCUCCUGGGCGUUCCCUGGUUUGUUUCCCUGGUUCAGUCCCAGGCUGAGGUUGGGCUUCACUUGGGUUUACAGAGGAGUUUCUCUCCCUGGCAAUUUCAGCUGGUGCCACAUUGUCAGAGCUGAAGCGGAGAGAAAUCCGGAGGCUGGAAAGGGUCCAGCAAAAGCAUGCAGCAGCAGGAGUCUGAAUCCUGGCCAGUCCCCAACUCCCCAAUGCUAUGUUCUCACACCCCCUUCACCCCAGUCACUGCUCCAUUCCUCCUCUGUCGCUCGCUGCGAUGCUGGGCAUGUAACAAGCCUGAAAAAAUAAACGCCAAUCUGCAUUUCACAGCGUCUCAUUCUCCAGCUUCAAAACGUCCCUUUUCAGUGGGUUUCUGAUCAUUCUCCAGAUAAACACAAAGGGCCAAAUUCUGCUCCCAGUUGCAAUGGGGUAGGCCCUUUGAUUUCAGUGAGUUGCAUGGGUGUAAAUGAGCACUUCAGCCCAAAGGAGAACAGCCCUCUUUCCACUUCCCAGGCCACAGGGGGAAGUGCCCCAGGAGAACUGAAAAAGACCCAUGUGGUUUUCUGGUUCCGGACUAUGCAGCCUUUAAUAUCUCCUGUCUAGAGGGAACUUUGCAAAUGGGAAGGGCACAGUCUGUAGGUGUUCCUGGUCCUUAUUGCUGGGAAUGUGUAACCCACCUGAUUAUGUGAUAUAUGCCAUCAUGUUUCCAGCAAUGCUCCUCUGCCAUGUACAUUGGCCAAACCGGACAGUCUCUACGCAAAAGAAUAAAUGGACACAAAUCUGACAUCAGGAAUUAUAACAUUUAAAACCCAGUAGGAGAACACUUCAAUCUCCCUGGUCACUCGAUAACAGACCGAAAAGUGGCAAUUUUUCAACAAAAAAACUUCAAAAACAGACUCCAACGUGAAACUGAAGAACUGGAAUUAAUUUGCAAACUGGACACCAUCAAAUUAGGCCUGAAUAAAGACUGGGAGUGGUUGGGUCAUUACAAAACCUAAUUUUGCCCAUACUAAUUUCCCCCUACUGUUACUCACACCUUCUUGUCAACUGUUUGAAAUGGGCCACUCUCAUUACCACUACAAAAGUGAUUUUUCCUCCCUUGGUAUCCUACUGUUAAUUGAAUUGUCUCGUUAGACUGACCUCCCAUUUGGUAAGACAACUCCCAUCUUUUCAUGUGCUGUGAUUUCAUGUGCUGCUACUGGAUUUCCCACUCCCUGCAUCUGAUGAAGUGGGUUCUAGCCCAUAAAAGCUUAUGCCCAAAUA